AUGAGAAAAAGGCAAGGAGAAAAAGGCAAGGAGAAAAAGGCAAGGAGAAAAAGGCAAGGAGAAAAAGGCAAGGAGAAAAAGGCAAGGAGAAAAAGGCAAGGAGAAAAAGGCAAGGAGAAAAAGGCAAGGAGAAAAAGGCAAGGAGAAAAAGGCAAGGAGAAAAAGGCAAGGAGAAAAAGGCAAGGAGAAAAAGGCAAGGAGAAAAAGGCAAGGAGAAAAAGGCAAGGAGAAAAAGGCAAGGAGAAAAAGGCAAGGAGAAAAAGGCAAGGAGAAAAAGGCAAGGAGAAAAAGGCAAGGAGAAAAAGGCAAGGAGAAAAAGGCAAGGAGAAAAAGGCAAGGAGAAAAAGGCAAGGAGAAAAAGGCAAGGAGAAAAAGGCAAGGAGAAAAAGGCAAGGAGAAAAAGGCAAGGAGAAAAAGGCAAGGAGAAAAAGGCAAGGAGAAAAAGGCAAGGAGAAAAAGGCAAGGAGAAAAAGGCAAGGAGAAAAAGGCAAGGAGAAAAAGGCAAGGAGAAAAAGGCAAGGAGAAAAAGGCAAGGAGAAAAAGGCAAGGAGAAAAAGGCAAGGAGAAAAAGGCAAGGAGAAAAAGGCAAGGAGAAAAAGGCAAGGAGAAAAAGGCAAGGAGAAAAAGGCAAGGAGAAAAAGGCAAGGAGAAAAAGGCAAGGAGAAAAAGGCAAGGAGAAAAAGGCAAGGAGAAAAAGGCAAGGAGAAAAAGGCAAGGAGAAAAAGGCAAGGAGAAAAAGGCAAGGAGAAAAAGGCAAGGAGAAAAAGGCAAGGAGAAAAAGGCAAGGAGAAAAAGGCAAGGAGAAAAAGGCAAGGAGAAAAAGGCAAGGAGAAAAAGGCAAGGAGAAAAAGGCAAGGAGAAAAAGGCAAGGAGAAAAAGGCAAGGAGAAAAAGGCAAGGAGAAAAAGGCAAGGAGAAAAAGGCAAGGAGAAAAAGGCAAGGAGAAAAAGGCAAGGAGAAAAAGGCAAGGAGAAAAAGGCAAGGAGAAAAAGGCAAGGAGAAAAAGGCAAGGAGAAAAAGGCAAGGAGAAAAAGGCAAGGAGAAAAAGGCAAGGAGAAAAAGGCAAGGAGAAAAAGGCAAGGAGAAAAAGGCAAGGAGAAAAAGGCAAGGAGAAAAAGGCAAGGAGAAAAAGGCAAGGAGAAAAAGGCAAGGAGAAAAAGGCAAGGAGAAAAAGGCAAGGAGAAAAAGGCAAGGAGAAAAAGGCAAGGAGAAAAAGGCAAGGAGAAAAAGGCAAGGAGAAAAAGGCAAGGAGAAAAAGGCAAGGAGAAAAAGGCAAGGAGAAAAAGGCAAGGAGAAAAAGGCAAGGAGAAAAAGGCAAGGAGAAAAAGGCAAGGAGAAAAAGGCAAGGAGAAAAAGGCAAGGAGAAAAAGGCAAGGAGAAAAAGGCAAGGAGAAAAAGGCAAGGAGAAAAAGGCAAGGAGAAAAAGGCAAGGAGAAAAAGGCAAGGAGAAAAAGGCAAGGAGAAAAAGGCAAGGAGAAAAAGGCAAUGA